AAGCGCGCGUGCGCGGUGGGUCACAAGGGUGCGGGGAACGUCAGUGAGCAAAUCGCGCACCACCGUGUCUGCCAGCUCGCCUGAUUGCGCUCCUAGGGGCGGAGAAGGGUGCAGGCUCUUCGCCCUCUGUGUCCUUCUUUCACUAACUUCUGGACUUUCCAGCUCUUCCAAAGUUAGUUCUCGUGCAAAGCCUAAAGGCUGGAAAACCGUCCACGAUGACCAGCAUGACUCAGACUCUGCGGGAGGUGAUAAAGGCCAUGACCAAGGCUCGCAAUUUUGAGAGAGUUUUGGGAAAGAUUACUCUUGUCUCUGCUGCUCCUGGGAAAGUGAUUUGUGAAAUGAAAGUAGAAGAAGAGCAUACCAACGCAAUAGGCACUCUCCAUGGCGGUUUGACAGCCACGUUAGUAGAUAACGUAUCAACAAUGGCUCUGCUAUGCACGGAAAGGGGAGCACCCGGAGUCAGUGUCGAUAUGAACAUAACGUACAUGUCACCUGCAAAAUUAGGAGAAGAUAUAGUGAUUACAGCACAUGUUCUGAAGCAAGGAAAAACACUUGCAUUUACCUCUGUGGAUCUGACCAACAAGGCUACAGGAAAAUUAAUAGCACAAGGAAGACACACAAAACACCUGGGAAACUGAGAGAACAGCAGAAUGACCUAAAGAAACCCAACAAUGAAUAUCAAGUAUAGAUUUGACUCAAACAAUUGUAAUUUUUGAAAUAAACUCACAAAACCAGAAGCAGCUAGAAAUAUUCUUGGAGGAAAAAGACCUGGAAAUCAAGUAGGGUAAAGGUGGGGGUGUCUGUUUUUUUUCCACUUUAAGCAUCUUGUUUUUUAAUCAUGUGUGAUAAUUGGGUGAAAAAUUCUUAGCUCAAAGUGUUAAACAGGUAAAGCAAAGAAACUAGCAGGACCACUCUCGGUUAAGAUUAAAACUAAAGUCCAGUGUUAAGCUAAAGGAGAAAUAGAAAUUAAUGGUUCUAAUUCUGUUUGGGCUGCUAGGAACAACAGAAAUUUUUCAUGGUUCUAGAAGUUGGAAAGUCCUGGGUCAAGGCCCCAGCAGAUCCUGUUAGGUGAGGGCCCACUUCCUGGCUCAUAGAUUCUAACUUCGCACUGUGUGGUGGAAGGCGCAAGUGAGCCCUCUGGGUUCUCGUUUUUGAAAUGGGAGUCUCACUCUGUUGCCCAGGCUGGAGUACAGCAGCACAAUCUCAGCUCACUGCAAUCCCUGCCCCCUGGGUUCAAGUGAUUCUCCUGCCUCAGCCUCCCAAGUAGCUGGGACUACAGGCGUGUGCCAUCACACCUAAUUUUUGUACUUUUUUUUGUAGAAACGGGGUUCGCCAUCUUGGCCAGGCUGGUCUUGAACUCAUGACCUCAGGUGAUCUGCCCACCUUGGCCCCCCAAAGUGCUGGGAUUACGGGUGUGAGCCAAUGUGCCCAGCCUGGGUUCUCUUUUGUAAGGGCACUUACUCCAAUCUUGAGGGUUCUGCCCUCAUGAUCUAAUAACUUCCCAAAGACCCCCACCUGCUAAUAUCACCUUGGGGGUUGGGAUUUUAACAUACAAAUUUAGGGGAAACACAUUCAGACCACAGCAAUGGCCAAUCCUUAGUGAAUCUUAGGUCCUUCCCAGAUCUAAAAUGCCAAGCUACACUUGCAUUUCCUUAAGAUUAUGAAACUUCAAAAUAUAUGAACUACAGCCCAUACUGGAAAAUAAAAUAGAUUGAGCCACAUGCCUAAAAAAGACCUCAAGAAAGUUUGAGGCAAAGCACAUUAGUGAUACAGGAAAUGGUCCAAUAGAGGAAGGAAAAAGAGCAUGCUACUAGCCCCUUUUCUUAUACCAAGAAUAAAACCAUGCAGAUCUCAAACCUCCAAGUCUACAGUAUUGAAAAGACCAAGUUCACUUCUUAAAGUCUCCAAGUUCAGCUGACUGUGGCACUCUGAGACAGCUUCUCACUGUCAGUCAGGCUGGAGUACACUGAUACAAUCUCAGCUUACUGUAGCCUCAAAAUCCCAGGCUCAAGACAUUCUUCCACCUCAGUCUCCUGAGUAGCUGAACUACAGGCGUGUGCCACCACGCCUAAUUUGUAGAGACAAAGUCUCACUGUUGCCCAGCCCGGUCUCAAACUCCUAGGCUCAAGCAAUCCUCCUGCCUUGGCCCCCCAAAGUACUGGACUUACAGGUGUGAACCAUUGCACCCAGCUGACUCUUGUUCUAUGUCAGGGAGUCUUAAUGAACAUUUCAUGACUAAAGACUAAAAAGGAUGCAGCUUUAAGUAAAUUUAAGUCGUUAACAGUUAAAGGCAAAUCCUUUCCCUACAUUAGAUCACAUGCUGAUCUGUCCACUGAAAGGGCAGAAGACUCCACAGUAGCAAUAGUAGCAGUAAGUGUACACGAGUCCCAGAUGCUUACUUCUAGUAUUUCCCACUAAAAGGAACCUGGGCUCCUUGGAGAAACAGCUGAUUCCAGGGCUUGAGUUUGGGACAGAAAGGUUACAGUAUCUUAUGCAUGAAAGGAGAUGCUCAAAAUAAUAAAGGCAUGCAAAUUAUGAUUUGGAGGGAAAAAAUAUGAGGCCAUAGUGUUUAGGCAGAUAAUAAAUGACAGAGAUAGAACACUCUCUUACAACAAAUGCUGUAAAUGGACAGAGGGAUAGAUUUGGAAAAUCACUAUUUUGUAACCAUCAUAGUUAAAGACUGGUUUGGGUUUUAGUCUGAAAGAAUCGCCAAGGGAGCUCCUGAUAAAGGAACAGGAUAUUUGCACGUUGUUUCCCAAGAGAUUGCUAGUGGUAAGUACCAUAUAUAGGGCAAAACCAGGACACCUUGACCAGGCGCUCAAAAUUAACAUUAAUGAAGAGCAGAUGAAGAGUAUGCGUGAGAAGGGCGUAAGCAUGAAUAAACGAUUCAAAUGCAAAAUGAGUAACAAUUUACAAGAAAAGUUGCCCUGUACUCCAAAAAACAUAGAGAUCAUGAAACACUUAAAGGCUAAGGAACUGUUCCACAUUAAAGACAACUGAGAACAACUAAAUUCAAUGAUCCUGUACUCUAGGCGGGGAUCUGAAACAAGCUACCAAGGAUACUGGGACAACAAAACGAAUAUGGAUGAUAAAGAGUUCAACAUUCCCUGAGUUUGGUAAUUUUACUCGACUUAUGUGAAAUAUUCUUGUACUUGGAAUAUAUGCCAAAGUACUAAGGAAGGGGUAAGGAAGCAACAAAGUGUGCAACAAACUCUCAAAUAGCUCAUAGGUAUAAAUGUACAGAGAAAAUGAAAAAAAUGUGGCAAAAUAAUAAAAAUGAGGGUAAAGAUUACACAAGAGCUUUCAUAUUACUCUGGCAACUUUUCUAAAUUAUUCCAAAAUAAAAA